AUGUAUCAGAACCCUCCGGUUGCUAUAGCUAUUGCUGAGGGUCAGAUGAUUUCUGACGAGCUACUGGACAAAGCUGCCGACCACUUUGAGGAGUUUUUUGAGGAGGUGUUUUUGGAGUUAAUGAAGUAUGGAGAGAUAGAGGAUAUGGUGGUCUGUGAUAAUAUAGGUGACCACAUUAUUGGGAACGUAUACGUAAAAUACCGCGAUGAAAAUAGUGCAGCGCAUGCCAUCUCCAUGUUGUCUGGCAGAUUUUACGGAGGCAAGCCGAUUCAAUGCGAAUACACGCCCGUUACGGAUUUCCGUGAAGCCCGCUGUCGUCAAUUCGUUGAGGGACAAUGUCGGCGCGGUGGCUACUGUAACUUUAUGCACAUAAAACACGUUCCUAGAUCGGUGCGUAGGAAAUUGAACGAGAGAAUGUACGCCGAAUACCCAGAAUACAAGAGGAGGUCACCACGACGUUCCGACGGGAGCGGAAGCCACGAUAAGCCCCGACGCCAGUCCAGCCAGGAGCGUCGCAACAUGAUAGAGAUGUGGAACAGAGAAAGGGAAGCCAGAGAGGCUGCAAAUUGA